AUGGAGGAAACCACAAAAACCCUCUUCACUCUGCUGAAUGAUUUGUUGAAACAUGGGUACACUGGACAUUAUUUCAUAACCACUCUGCUCUACUCGUUUUUCCUGGGUUGCUUCGGAGUGGAUCGUUUCUGCCUGGGCCACACCGGGACGGCGGUGGGGAAGCUGCUGACCCUGGGGGGGCUGGGGAUCUGGUGGUUUGUGGAUCUGAUCCUCCUCAUCACCGGGGGGCUGAUGCCCAGCGACGGCAGCAACUGGUGCACCGUGUACUGA